GACAUAGAGGUUACACAUGUGUGGAUGGUAGUAUAUCUUCACCUUCCUCACUCUUAUCCUUGGUUUUGAUUAUAUGAGUAGUUGAACGUUUUAAUUUAGCAAUGGCGAUUCUUCACUUGUCACUGAUCUCGACUAUUACAUGUUCACAACGAAGAAGAACGACUAAGGCUUCACAAGAUUCCGUCAAAACACAGAAGACUCUUAUUGCGACAAACUCCGGCUCCUCCUUCAGAUUAUGUCCCUGCGGAAGAAGGCAUUUCAUAGGAGCUGUGCCGCUUCUUCCCCUGUCUCCCUCCUACGCUGCUUCUAGCUCAACGGAAGAUUUUAAAAGUUUGCGUCCUCCAAAGCCAGACUGGUAUGAUGAGCUCUUUGCUUGGUCUAUGGAUACUAGUAUGGAAUCAUACGAGAAAGAGAUUUUGAGUUACAAGAUGAAACUCUUUGAUAAUUUGGUGGGAAAAGCAGAAAAGGUUUUGGAGAUUGGCGUUGGAACAGGUCCUAACUUCAAAUACUACUCAGCUAUUCCAAACGUUUCUGUUCUUGGUGUUGAUCCAAACGCUAAAAUGGAGAGUUAUGCGAGUAAAUCCGCAGCACAAGCAGGGCUGAAACCAGAAGAUUUCAGCUUCAUUCGUGCGGUCGCAGAAGCUAUACCAUUAGAGAAUGCAUCGGUUGAUGCAGUUGUGGGGACUCUCGUGCUUUGUUCUGUGGCAGAUGUCACUAGAACGCUCAAUGAGGUAAAACGGGUACUAAGACCGGGUGGGGUUUACCUUUUCAUAGAACAUGUUGCAGGAGAAGAUGGAUCAUUUUUGAGGUUAGUGCAGAAUGUGUUGGACCCAUUGCAACAAGUUGUUGCUGAUGGAUGUCACUUGACGAGGUGCACUGGAGAUUAUAUUUUAGAAGCUCGGUUUAAUGGCGGUGCAGAUAUCAAUAAGGCCUCUCUUUCUAGCUUGGCUUACUUAAGCUCUCAUGUCUAUGGGGUCGCUUACAAUUAGAAGAAAAAAAAGGACAGUGUCUUAGACUCAUCCUUAAGGUAUGCUGAUGAUUGUACAUACACAAUGCUAUAAAUAAAUUUGAUGGUUUGUGGCCUAUUUUAUAGAGUAUAGAUAAGUCUAAUAUCGAUAUGGGUGUCAUUCUUGAAUUAGACUACUAUUGUAUUAUUUUAGAAGCUUUAGUUUUCAAAGUAUAACUCUGCAAUGUUUGAGGUUGAGUUCCAUGUCCUGAGAUCAGAUCUCUAGAACUCUGGAGACAAUUCAAAAGGCUAAGGUCUGAGAUUGUAUGAUAAUUGUGGCCAUUAUGAUGAUGACUCAAGUGCACUGAACGCUUUUCCUCUGUCAUCACUCACAUAUUCGCCUUGCGGUGCAAUUAGAGCUUCACGAGAUCAUGUUCGUGCUGACACUCUAAAAAGUCACAUUCCUUUAGGCUCUUCAUCCAGAUCGCUUGUGUUCAUGUGGAAGAAAACAUUUUAUUGAAGCAGCUAACUGGACUUUGUCAUUGCUUCCCAUCUAUUCUCCUAGUGCUUCGUGAUCAAGGAUGUUUCAGAAACAUUUCAUCCUCAGGGGACAGAUUGGUAUAAGGAGCCUUUUGCUUGGUUUUUGAGCACAGGGAUGCGAUCCUAUGAAUCAGAGAUCGCCGAUUACAAGAGGAGACUUUUCGAUAAUCUGAGUGGUAAAGCAGAAAAAAGUGCUGGAUAUUUGUGUUGGUACAGGUCCUAAUCUGAAGUACUAUUCUGCAAUGAAAACUUCUGUGUUUUCGGUAUGAAACCUGAAACCUGAAAACUGCACAUUCACAUUCAUGCAAGGAGUGGGUGUUAAAAGGAUGUUUUUUAGUUGUGAGACCUCUCUUCCUUUUGUAGUAAACCCCUGAUGUUAUUUCACAUCAUAGCCCUUGAACUCAAAAUGGUAGACAAAUUUGAAAUCCAACAGUUUUGUUUUUGGGGGUGCAGAUGGAUCUUUUUUCAGGCAUUUCCAAAAACGUUUUGGAUCCAUUACAGCAAGUAGUUGCAGGCGGAAGUCAUCUAAAGAGAAACACCAGUUUAUACAUUUCGGCUGCCGGUUUUGAUGGUGGCACAGAGAUCAAUACGACGGCAAUGUAUAGCUUCCCUUGGAUAAUAAGACCUCAUGUCUAUGGAGUGGCGUACAAGUAACUAUGCAAGUAACACGCAAGUCUGAAGCAACCGACGAAAUACAAACAGAAGGUUACAAACAUGUUACAUGUUCCCAAAGUUGCACAUGAGAGGGUUUCACGUCAUUGUCCUUCAACUAUCCCACCGUUUAUUUUUAACGUACCCAACGCUCUAAUUUUUUUUCAAAAAUUUCUAAGCGGUUUAUCACGUCAUUUUUUCUUUUAUUUCUUACAUGUUUUCUUUUAAUUAAAAUAAUGUAAGGCAUGUAUAUGUCAAGAGCAUGUUUAUUA